GGGGUGGAGACGACGGUUACAAGGUUCUGCAUGCGGAGGAUCAAAAGCCUGCGCGGAGGAGACACUUAAGUUGAAUUCAAGAUUUAGGGAGCGCUAAUUGAAUGCCAGGAGCUGAGACAUUAGAGAAAUACCACGAUUCUACCUCUGGUGUGGGGGUCGGGGGCGUUUUACAGACGUUCAACGUUAGAAGAAAACAAAUAAUUUUUUUAAAGGAGCAAAAGACUGUGUGGGGCGGUGAUGAGUCAGGCUGAAACUGAGGCAGAAAUCCCGGAAAAAGCAUCCUCAGGCUGAGAGUCCAGUGCAAGCCAGCGCCAGGGAUGCGAGCACGGCUUGGCUGCAAUCCCUGCGAGCGCCACGAGACGGCGCCCCCGUGUCCGGAGAUGCUGUCGUCGCGACCCCGCCCGACCGUCGCCCCCGCAAGCCGCUGACGCACUGGCGCGUGUGCGGUAGGCCGGGGGCUCCGCUGACGUCACCGCGGCCUGCGCAGCCUCGCUUGCGGCGCUGACGUCACCGCUCCGCCCCCGCGAUCAUGCAGGCAGGUCGGGGAACAAGGCCGAGCCUCCCACCCCCCCUACCUUGGGCUCUGGGAAAACGUGGGGUCCGGGCUGAGCUCUAAGGGCCUUUGUUGUGGAGCUGAGGGAUGCAAGACGCAGGGGUGUCACACCUGGGCCAGAGGCACCUGCUGCAGAGGCUCCCCGGUCUCAGGGGUUGCAUGAGUCCUAGCGUCCAGCAGUGUUCGGGCUGGCGCUGUGGCUGCGCCCCUGCCUCCCAGCAUCCAGGCCGAAAACCCCCUCCGGGUUCGGGGGGCGGGGAGGGACGGGGUACGUGUGCUUUGGGAAGCCCUACUCACAUGUCUAGGGGUGUGGUGCGUCAUGUGUGUAGCCCUACCUCUCCUGGACACCCAGGCCCCAUAGGGAGGCUUCGUCUACCUAAUGCGCUGCUCCUACCCAUGCACUCGAAGACUUUUCAAUCCCUAUUCCAGCGUGGCCCAUGGGGAAAGGCACCCCCUGUAACUCAGCUCCCACACCUGGGGUUACCCUGGAAUACCCUAAUAGACCCAUUGACAAGGCCCGUCCGCUCAGCUUGGCCCCUGUGGCCACCGUCAUUCGUUUGGACGGUCCCAGCCUCCUUCCCUAGCCUCACCACUGAGCCCUUCUCCACACACACAGCCAGAGGGACCAUGUUAUUCCCCUACUAGGAACCACGAGAUGGUUUCCCCUGCUUCCUCAAACAUACGGAUCUUCUGCAAACACACUUUUCCACCUCAGGGCCUUUGCACAUGCCAUCCCUACUCACCUGGAGCCAGCUUUCCUUGGUAUUGAUCUACGUGGCUGCCCCUUGCUCUCCUGUGGUGGCAUCACCCUUUCAUCCAGUUAGUAAGCUGUUCCCUCGUGGGUACCAGCCCUGGGGACUCAGCCCUGAGUGAGCUCCUGCUCUUGGAGCUCAUCUGUAGUGGGGGCAGGGUUGAGCAGGGACACAACACACCGGCGCUAGUAAGGUAGAGGUCCACAGCGAGAACAACCAGCAGCAAGCAGGGCACAGGAGUGUAAAGUGGUGGUUGCUAUGUUAGCAGACAGCCAAGAGGAGAGGCAUGGAGGCUUUGCUGUUGGGAAGUGUUGAAGGGGUGAGGAAGGCUUCUUGCGGCUGAGCUGGGGAGGGGGGUCUUGCCUCGCACCUGCGAGUGCAAAUGCCUGGAGCCUGAACUUGGGCAUCACCGAGCAGUGUGGGCUUUCUAUGGAGACGGGGUGUCGUGAUGGGGUGUGGUUGGGAUGGAGCCAGGACAGGGAGGAUGACAGAAUGGUAGCCUGAGCAUCUAGAAGGCAUGAUUUUUCGGAAAGAGAAAAGGGGGAGCAGCUUUCGGGUUUGCCAGGUGUGGGGAUUCUGCAGGGUAGUUCUGAUGUCACCGGCGCUGGGCAGGCCCUGGUGGCACUCAGGACAGGCUGUGUUCUAUGAUCUUUGUGGGUCCCGACAAGGCAGGGCGCACGGAGACCCCUGACAGUGCUGCCCUCACACGGAAACAAAGGGAGGACAGCGAAACCUCCGGGCUGUGUCCCUCGGGGGACCCCCGACUCGGGGAAGGUAAGGAGGGGGAGUCUAUGCACCCCAGUAUCCCGGGUUGUGGGGAGUCGUGCAUCUCAGCACGCCCCCACCCCGCCUUUCAGGACUCAGGGAGGGGUCGAGAAGUCGUGCUGCAGGGCGUGGGGGCGGAGAUCAGCGGCCGCGGGAGAGGGCGGCUCCGCCUGGGGAGGGGGCAACCGGGAGCGCAAGCUCCGCCCCCCGCCCGCGCCGGAAGGGAAGGGGAGGCGGUGGCCAGUGCGGACCGAGCUAAACGCAGCGGCGAGCGCGGUGGGGGCUGCCGGCCACGACCCGGCGGCACCCAGCGGGUGGGAGCGGGCUCCUGGCCAACGCGGUCACGUGAGCGGUCCCUCCUCUCUCGCCUGCCUCCCCCGCGCACCGGGCUCUCCAUUCAUAAAUUCUCCUCCUUCUCCGCGGCCACCGGGCGCCGGAGCCCGCCGGGAGCGCCGCGAAGCCGCCCGCCCGCCGCCCAUGGGCCGUGCGCCCCGAGACUGAGGGUCCUUCUCACCUCAAAAUGCAGCCCACGGCCACCAUGGCCAUGACUGCCACCACCGCCACCACGGCCACCCUGACCACGACGUGGGACAAUACCACAGGCCGCCCCACUGUGGAGCCUGACCCGGUCUUGGACAACUAUAUGCUGGUGGUGGUGGUGAUGUCGCUCUUUGUCGGGGGAACCCUCGUGGUGCUGUCUGGUGUGUUGCUCCUGUGCAGGCGCUGCUGGGAAGUCCACCAGGGCUUCAACAGAGCCACGGAGGAGGCAGAGAAGACAACCACCACCUACCUGGACACCAGCUCCCACCCAGUCCAAGACCCUGAAUUGCGGGGGGAGGACCUCGAGGGCCAGGAUGCAGAGACCGAGCGCUUCCUGUCCACCAGCUCUACCGGCCGCCGCGUGUCCUUCAAUGAGGCCGCCCUGUUUGAGCAGAGCCGGAAGGCGCAGGACAAGGGCCGAAGGUAUACCCUGACAGAAGGGGACUUCCACCACCUGAAGAACGCUCGCCUCACCCACCUGCACCUGCCGCCCCUCAAGAUUGUCACCAUCCAUGAGUGUGACUCCAGCGAAGCCAGUGCAACCGCCAUGCCUCACCCCUCAGUGCCUCCCAAGGCCAGCCUUGCCAUAUUCCAGCCCCCGGGGAAGGCCCUCACUGGCCGCUCCGUGGGCCCCAGCUCCGCCUUGCCAGGUGACCCCUACAACCCUUCCACGGGCCCUGCUGACUUCGAGAUCAGCUCCUCCUCAUCCAGUGACUCCGGGGAAGGCACCUCGCUGGAUGCGGCUGCCAGGAGCACCAAGCCUGGUGGGCUGGGGGCCUCUGCAGGGCCCCGGGAGGCUGGCCCAGGCUCUGGGGCAGGCCCAGUCCUGCAGUUCUUCACCCGCCUGAGGCGCCACGCCAGUUUGGAUGGGGCCAGCCCCUACUUCAAGGUCAAGAAAUGGAAGCUGGAGCCCAGCCAGCGGGCAUCAAGUCUGGACACAAGAGGCUCCCCCAAGCGGCAUCACUUCCAGCGACAGCGAGCAGCCAGCGAGAGCAUGGAGCAGGAGGAGGGGGACACCCCUCACACGGACUUCAUCCAGUACAUUGCCAGCACAGGCGCUGCUAUGACCUUCCCGCCCCCCUGCCCCUUUCUGGCCAGCCCCACCAGCCCGUCCCCCGCUCUCGGCAGGCUAGAGGUGGAGGAGGAGGAGGCAGGCGCCGCGGGAGGAGUGAACCCCGAGCCCCCCUGGGAGCGCAGCAUAGGUGGUGCGGGGCCUGACCAGCAGCAGGAGUCAGACAGUGAGCGGGAUGCGGGGCUGGAGCACACCCAGACCAUCUACCGCGACAUCUGGAGCCUCCGUGCCUCGCUUGAGCUGCACGCGGCCACCGCCUCAGACCACAGCAGCAAUGACCGCGACUCGGUGCGCAGCGGCGACAGCUCUGGCUCAGGGGGCACAGCGCCCGCCUUCCCACCGCCCUCACCGCCACCCACGCUGCGGCCUUCGGACAGUGAGGUGGGAGGGCCGCGCAAGCUGCUGCAGAUGGACAGUGGCUAUGCCAGCAUCGAGGGGCGCAGCACGGGCGACGAUGGGCCUCCCAGUGGGCCCGAGAAGCACUCCUCCUUCUCUAGUGUGGGCCAUCCAACUACCGUGGGGGGCAGCUUUGAUGGGACACCAGCAGAGGAGUUCCCCUGGCCCCGCAGCCCGCGCGCCUGGCCCCGCCGCACACCACGACGGGACUACAGUGUGGAUGAGAAGACUGAUGCGCUCUUCCAUGAGUUCCUGCGCCACGACCCACACUUUGACGACGCCCCGCCCAGCACUGCACGCCAUCGAGCUCGUGCGCACCCACACACCCACAUGCGCAAGCAGUGGCAGCAGCGCGGCCGGCAGCACAGUGACCCUGGCGAGCGCACUGCGCCUUCUGCACCGCCUGGGCCGGAACCCCGCCCCGCGCGCGCGCCUCUGCGCCGGGGGGACAGCGUCGACUGUCCAACAGACAGCCGUACAGGCGAAGACCCGGCCGGCCCUCCAGCGCCCACCAUCCCUGCCAUCGAAGAGGAGCCUGGCGGUGGGUGCCCAGGAUCAGGCCUGUGUGCCCGACCCUCAGGGGCACUGCUGGACAAGCUGGCAACUGGCCUCGAGGACAGACUCUUAUUGCCACACCUCACCCAGCCCAUUGCCGCAGCCCCCACGCUGGCCACUGCCACCGCAGCACCCACGUCCCCGGACCACAGUCCAGCCUAAGCCCCUUGACCCAUUCUCCAUUUCCUAUUGCGUGCACAAGGCCUCUACAGCCGUUCCUACCAGUGGCGUGAGGACCUGAUGCGUGUGCGCUGAGACCACGGGUUCUAAGGCACAAGCGUACUGCCCCUGGCUCCACGCUGCCGCAGUGCGCCUGUGCACAGCUCUCUCCAGUCACUAAGCUGGUUCCCGCGUCAUUCCAAGGCACAAGCACCCUGGCUUAUCUGGAGGGAGCCAGGCGUAUUCUAAUCUGUGCUCCUGAGGAACAGUCACACGUCCUUACCCCAGUAUAGCCUCUGGAUGGUGGUAGGGCUUUCGUUGGAAGGAUAGGUCUUAACUGCAUCCAAGAGGGACAGUGCAGCUGGACUGUGUAAGGCGCAUGUGCAGAGCGCCCCUCCCAGGGCCAACUGAGCUUCUAGGCAUAUUUGGUGUGCAGUUGCAGAGUCCAUGCCAGGGCGCAUGCGUCAAGCCCGCUGGAACAUGGACUUCAGGUUGCUGAGGAUGGGUGAAGAGUGCACUGGCAUGGCUGCCAAUUCCCCAAAGCCGUUACCUCACUGGGGCGUGUGUUCCCUGAGUUCACUGCAGUCCAAGCCUCCUCCAAGCAAUAACCACGCCCACCGCUGCUGCUGCCCCAGCCCUGGAAGACUCCUCCCUCUGCCCUCCCCAUGUGAGUGGCCUGCCAGCCCCACAGCCACACAUCCAAAGAGCCCCAAGACUCAUUAGUGUUUUGAGACUUACACAAAACCCAAUCGGCCAAGGUUUCAAGUUUCCCAAGCUUUAUUUAUUGCCAAAAGAUGGGGCAGCUGAGCCACCCCGCCCCAUCCCUCAAAGCUUCCUGCAGUCUGUGUACCAUACAGUGAUGGAGUUUCUUGUUGUUUUCAUGGUUGAUUAUAAAUAUUUACUGCAUA